UUCCUCAAAAACCAUAAUUCCUUUAUAAAUUAUGUAAGUCUUCAUUCAUAGCAUAAACUGAAAGCAAAUGCUUUUUUAAGUUCUGUAACCAUUGAUAUUUUUUAUCAGUAUUUGAUUUAAAAUGGGUUCGUCGGAAAAUGUUGAUUCCGGUAAUUUUUCCGUGAAGAGAUCAAACUUCUCGCAAACAUGCAGUCGGUUGAGUCAGUACUUGAAAGAGAACGGUAGCUUUGGGGACCUCAACCUUGGCUUCACUCAGAAUUUUGAAUCAAAAAGAACUGCUCCGACCGGGACAAUGAAUUUGCUGCCGAUGAUUGAGAAAUCGGGUCAAAACUCGGGUGCUGAUCUUAACAUGCCGGUGGAGAAAUCUGAGCAAGAAACGGCACAGAUGACAAUAUUUUAUGCCGGUGAAGUGAUAGUUUUUGAUGAUUUUCCGGCAGACAAAGCCAAGGAAAUGAUGAUAUUAGCAAGCAAUUCAAGUGCCCAAAACCACUCCACCACCGCCUUCCCUCCGCCACUGCCAACGCCUCCGCCGUCUAAUAUGGUCCAAAGUCCAGCUGAAUCCGCCACCAACAUUGUACCCACUCCGGCGGCGCCGCCUCUUGCUUCAGAUUUGCCAAUUGCAAGGAAAAAUUCAAUAUCCCGGUUCUUGGAGAAACGAAAAGAAAGGUCCAUAGCAAAAGCACCGUACCAAGCAACGGAGCCAUCGAAGCCGGCUAAAGGCGAGCCAUGGCUGGGAUUGGGUCAUCGAUUCCCUCAUUAGUUAUAUAUGUUUUUGGUUUAAUUAAUUGAUUUGUAGCAUUAGCAAAGCUUACCGUCUUGAUAGAUUUUGAUCACAAGUCAAUUUGGUUUUGUUCUUACAUUGAUCAGUUUUUAUUUAAAUAAUUAAUCAUGUAAUUAAAUUAGAGAGAAUAUAAUGUGGUUGUAAUUUGAGUUUUUGACGAUAUCAAUUCUCCUUUGUUAUUCUCCCAA